GCUCUGCAACUCUUCACAAUGUGGCUGCUGAUUUUCUUAGUGUGGUUGGUGAUAUGGGCCGGCGGGACGUACUGGUACCUGUUUGGGAAACCGAGCCCUUUCUCCCUGGAGUCGGUGAGACCGCCAGGACCUCGAGAGUUUGAUCAGAAGAAGCGGGACAAAGUCAUCAAGCAAGGUUUCAGCCUCGACAAGGUUCCUGAGGACCUGGACGUCAUCGUCAUCGGCAGUGGGAUCGGUGGACUGACGGCCGGCGCCACGCUGGCCAAAGCAGGGAAGAAAGUCCUGGUGCUGGAGCAACACGACCAGGCCGGCGGCUGCUGCCACACCUACAUAGACAAAGGCUUCGAGUUUGAUGUCGGGCUUCACUACAUCGGCCAGGUCCACGAGAACAGUCUGCUGCGUAUCGCCUUUGACCAGAUCUCUGAGGGUCAGCUGGAGUUCAAACAGCUGAAGCCCCACUUCGACACCAUCCAGAUCGGCCUGGGCGACGACAAACGCGAGUACACGAUGGUGUCUGGUAAGACGGAGAUGAAAGCUCAUCUGAUCAAGCAAUUUCCAGGUGAAACCGAGGCCAUCGAGACCUUCUUCAAUAUCAUGAAGAUCUCAGCGAAGAAGACCCACUACCUGGCGACGCUGAAGCUGAUCCCUCAGUGGGUGUCUUUAUUCCUGCUGAAGUCGGGCCUCGCAGACCUCUUCUCCCCGGUCUUCCGCCUCUCUGGCACAGGCGCGACCGAUUUGGUGAACACGCUGACGAAAAACAAGGACCUGCACGUCAUGUUCUCCUACCUCUUCUACGGCGUUCCUCCAAAGGACUCCAGCGUUCUGAUCAACGCCCUCCUGAUUCAUCACUACAAACGAGGGGCCUACUACCCCAAAGGUGGUGCCAGUGAAAUCGCCUUCCACAUCAUCCGCACCAUCCAGAGAUAUGGAGGAAACUGCCUGGUCAGAGCUCCUGUCACCCAGAUCCUGGUGAAUGAGAAGGGGGCAGCUUAUGGCGUGAAGGUGAGGAAAGGUCAGGAGGAGCUGGAGGUUCACGCGCCUGUGGUCGUCUCCAACUGUGGAAUCUUCACCACCUUCGAGAAACUUCUUCCACCUGAGAUUCGGGUCAAACACGAUAUUCAGGAGCGACUGAACAUGAUGAAACACGCCCGGGGGUCGUUCUUGGUCUUCAGCGGCUUCGAUGGGACUGAGGAGGAGGUGGGCCUCGAGUCCACAAACUUCUGGCUGUUCAAGAACAAUGAUAUGGACAAGUCGAUGGACGACUUCUUUGCACUGAGCAAAGAGGAAGCACCAGAUAACAUCCCCAUGAUGUUCAUCACGAUGCCGUCCGCUAAAGACCCAGAGGCCAAAAUCAGAAACCCAGGAAAAUGUUGCAUGACAAUUCUGACCAUGGUGAAGUACGAGUGGUUCGAGGAAUGGAAGGACACGACCGUGCGAAAACGGGGCAACGAAUACUACGACUACAAAAUGCGGUUUGCGAAGAACCUUUUCAACUGGGCCUGCACACUGUUCCCUAAAAUCAGAGACAAGCUGGUUUUCCAGGAUGUGGCGACCCCGCUGACCAACAUGCACUACCUUGGUGCCCAACGUGGAGCCAUGUACUCUGCAGAGCAUAACCUCGAGCGUUUCUAUGCUGAGGCCGUGGCGAGGAACAGGUGCAACACCCCCGUCAAAAACCUCUACAUGUCAGGCCAAGACGUGUUCAGCUGUGGGAUAGCAGGAGCUCUACAUGGCGGACUCCUCUGCUCCUCUGCCGUGUUAGACCACAUCGUCUACGUCGACUUGCUGCUUCUUAAGAAGAAGCUGAAGAGGAGGAAAGCCAGAGAACUGGCCCAGCUCACUGAGAAGAAACUGCAGUGAGUCCGCUUUGUGCUUCCCCUGCAGGACAUUAGUGAAACUGCACAAACCUGAUGCAGAAUGACCCUUGAUUAUGACGGGAACACACCUCCGCUGUGUCCUAGUUCUAUAUGACCUCCAUCUGUACCUCCAUGCCUUCCAAACUUGAAUUAACUUUAUCUUGGGAACAUACUGUAGAUUGUAAAAUAUUCCAGAAUGAUCGAUGCCCUCCUGGUAGAUCGUUCAAUCUGGUGGUGCCAACCAUAGACUUUAUAUAAAAAGGUGGACAUGACAGCUCCCAAAAGUGAAGCCGAAUCAUCUUGAUCGCCCCCUAGUGGCCGGCUGCAGUGUUGACCACAAACCUAAACGUUGACUAAUUGGAAAUGGACCAAACUAGAAAGUCUUUUUCUCAAAAGUUUCUGUUAAGUUAGGUAUAGUUCUUAUCACACUGAUGUUUGUUCUAAUGUCAAUUUUCCCUUUAAGUUUGGUUCUUAUUAGUUAUUUGACGAUAUGAAAACAGGUGAAACACUAUGAUUGACAGCUGAGACUGACUCGUGAUUGGUCGAGAACCUUGAUACUGCAACUUUAGCAAGUGGAGACAUGUUGUCCAUCUUUAUUUGUAGCCUAUUAACACUGUGCCACUUUCUAUGCUUACUACCUGAUAUGUUUAUCCUCUGUUUACAUACUUUUGAAUUAUAAUAUUGUUUUUACUAUAAU